UUUGAUCAUAAAUUAUUCUAGAAAAACACUCUGAUCUAUAAAGAACCAGAGACCCAUCUUCCCUCAAUUUCUCACCCCAAUCUCCAUAACCCUUUUAAACGUGUUUCUUUCCUUUUCAAUUCUUCAACUUUUUCUGAAUCAUAUCCAUAAACACUUAUCAAUGGAGGUCGAAUACCAAGAGGAGUAUAUAAGGAAUUCAAGAGGGGUGCAGCUCUUCACUUGCAAAUGGCUACCUGUCUCUCCACCAAAAGCCCUUGUUUUCCUCUGCCAUGGUUAUGGUAUGGAAUGCAGCGACUUCAUGAAAGGGUGUGGGACGAAGCUGGCAAGCUACGGGUACGCGGUAUUUGGAAUAGACUAUGAAGGGCACGGACGGUCCAUGGGUGCACGUUGUUACAUCAAGAAAUUCGAUCACAUUGUUGCGGAUUGCUCCAAUUACUUCAAAUACAUUUCUGGGCAAGAAGACUACAAGAACAAGAGACGGUUCUUGUAUGGCGAGUCCAUGGGUGGUGCAGUUUCUCUUCUGGUUCAUAGAAAGGAUCCAACUUUUUGGCAUGGCGCCAUUCUGGUCGCACCCAUGUGUAAGAUAUCGGAGAAGGUGAAGCCUCACCCGAUGGUGAUAAGUAUGCUAACAAGGGUAGAAGAUGUAAUACCCAGAUGGAAGAUUGUGCCUACAAAGGAUGUUAUUGAUUCUGCAUUUAAGGAUCCUAUUAAGAGAGAAGAGAUACGCUCAAACAAGUUGAUAUAUCAAGAAAAGCCAAGGCUUAAAACGGCUCUUGAAAUGCUUAGGACUAGCAUGGGUCUCGAAGACAGCUUAAGCGAGGUCACGUUACCAUUUUUCGUGCUACAUGGAGAGGCGGAUACCGUGACGGAUCCAGAAGUGAGUCGGGCUCUAUACGAACAAGCCAGCAGCAAAGACAAAACCAUAAAACUAUACCCCGGAAUGUGGCAUGGGUUGACCUCCGGUGAGCCCGAUCAGAACAUCGAUAUCGUGUUUUCCGACAUCAUUUCAUGGCUGGACAAGCGAUGCGAUGACGAUUAUAUCACCGACAGUAGUGGUGCAGCUACUGUUAUUGAUGAUAUAGAGUUGGUACCUUCCCCUAUGGUAGAAAUAAGUAAAAAGAAACUCCGGCAGAGUGGCAGCUAUCUUUGUGGGUGGAAGGGACGGCGGAUGCACCACCACUCCGCCAUGUAGCCACCACUGCCGUCCAACUCUUUUUGCCAUCAGAGUUUAAGACAACUCUAUGAUUACUAAUGUAAUGGGACAUAUAUAGUUUCUGUGGAAGUUAAUAUUUACAAUCAUGGAUCCCUUAUUCACAAUGGAGCUUUUUUGAGGUUCAUUUGCUCAAA